AAACUCAUCUCCUGACUCCUGCCCCAUGGAUCUCAUGGAAAACCUGAAAGGAAGAAGACCGGUGCUAUAGCAGAAACAAACGGAAAAGAAAAUGCGCGGUCUAAAAUCAGCAAGGAACCAAGUGGUGCUAGCUUUAUUCAAACCAACGAGGUUUAUCCGCCUUAACCACGUAACUAAGCUCCUAAAAGUUUCAGCUGAUACGAAAAACUUAAUAUUAGGCAAAUUAAUCCAUUCCCAUUUGCUCGUAGUCAACCAAACCUCCUUAGGAUCUAGCAUACAGCCUUUAAACUCCUUGAUCAAUCUCUAUGUAAAAUGUAACCAAAUUUCAAGUGCCCGGAAAGUGUUUGAGAGAAUGCCCGAGAGAAAUUUGGUUUCAUGGUGUUCCCUUAUGGCAGGGUAUUUGCAAACUGGGUUUUCAUUGGAAGUGUUAAAGUUGUUCGAAAAUAUGAUUUUGGUGGAUCGUUUGAAGCCUAAUGAGUAUGUUUUCGCGGUUGUUUUUCCUUGUUCCGACAGUGGGAAGACAUUAGAGGGUAGACAGUGUCAUGGUUAUGUGGUCAAGUCGGGGUUAGUUUUUAAUCAAUAUGUUAAGAAUGCACUGAUAAAUAUGUAUUCAGUUUUUGAUGUUGAAGGAGCUAUGCGGGUUUUUAGUCUAGUUCCUGGUUAUGAUGUUUAUUCGUAUAAUUCAGUUCUAAGUGGACUCUUGCAACAAGGGUUCUUGAAUGAAGCGGUUAGUUUGGAUAGGAUGAUGGGAGAUGUUGUGAAGUGGGAUAGUGUAACUUAUGUGACUGUCUUUGGACUGUGUGCUUGUCUUAAGGAUUUGAACUUGGGUUUACAAGUGUAUUGUAGGAUUGUGAAAAGCAAUCUUGAGUUUGAUGUUGUUAAUAGCGCAAUCAUUAAUAUGUAUGGGAAAUGCGGAGAGUUUUUUAAUUCUAGGAAAGCUUUUGAUGGGUUGAAAGUUAGGAAUGUGGUUGUAUGGACUGGAAUCAUGGCUGCAUACUUCCAAAACGGAUGUUUCGAAGAAGCACUGAAUUUGUUUUCUGAGAUGAAACUUGAUGACAUUUCACCCAAUGAGUUUACUUUCGCAGUUAUGUUGAACUCUACUGCAGGAUUGUCUGUACUAAGACAUGGAGACAUACUAUAUGGGGAAAUUGUAAAGUCAGGUUUUAUGGACCAUGUUAUUGUUGGAAAUGCUUUGAUUAACAUGUAUGCAAAGUGUGGCAACAUUGAAGCAGCAAGUGAAGUUUUCUCAGAUAUGAUUUAUCGAGACUGCAUUACUUGGAAUGUGAUGAUAUGCGGGUAUUCUCAUCAUGGGCUAGGAAAUGAAGCUAUGGCUGCGUUUCAUGACAUGUUGGCUGUUGGAGAAUGUCCAAACUAUGUUACUUUUGUGGGGGUUCUUUCUGCUUGUAGUCACCUUGGUCUCGUAAAAGAAGGUUUAUAUUACUUGAACCAAUUCAUGAAAACGGUCGGAGUUGAACCUGGGUUGGAGCACUACACAUGUGUUGCACUCCUGAGCAAGGCUGGACUUCUUGACGAGGCUGAGAAAUUUUUGAGGUCUAUGCCAGUAAGAUGCGACGUUGUUGCAUGGCGUACAUUGCUUAGUUCUUGUCAUGUACAUCGGAAUUAUGGUUUUGGGAGGCGUAUAGCAGAAUUUGUGUUGGAGAUGGACCCUAAUGAUGUGGGAACAUAUACACUAUUAUCUAAUAUUUAUGCGAAAGCAAAGAGGUGGGAUGGAGUAGUGAAGAUCCGAAAAUUGAUGAGAGAGAGAAAUAUCAAGAAAGAACCCGGUGUGAGCUGGAUUGAGAUAAGAAACGUUACCCAUGUUUUUGUUUCGGAUGACUGUCAACACCCAGAGUCAAUUCAAAUUUAUGAGAAAGUAAAAGAAGUUUUAGCAAGGAUCAAGCCACUGGGAUAUAUACCAGAUGUUGCUGCUGUGUUGCAUGAUGUGGAGGAAGAGCAGAAGGAAGACUCUCUUAGUUAUCACAGCGAGAAAUUGGCCAUUGUAUAUGGCCUCAUGCAUUCUCCCUUUAAGGCACCUAUUCGCGUGUUUAAAAACCUUAGAAUGUGUGAAGAUUGCCACUCGGCUACAAAACUUAUUUCUAAGCUCACAAACAGGAUGAUCAUCGUGAGAGAUGCAAAUCGCUUCCACAGUUUUCGGAAUGGAUGCUGUUCGUGUGCAGAUUACUGGUGAUAGAAUCACUGACUAUUUGCUUUUGGAUGAAUGGAGAACAAACUUUGCAUGUUCUAGAGCGUAAAGGGAAUGGAUUCAACUCCUAUCUCCAGGACAGCCGGGGAUCAAUUAUACUCAUUCUUUGUACCUGGAUCUCUGUAAGUAUUUCAAUGGAUGUUCUUAAAAUAGCUUAGAGCUGCCUUUAUUACAA